UCUUCUCUCUCUUUCACCCAUUUUCUCUCUCCAACUUCGCCGGAGAACUACCAUGCCGCCGCCGAAGAGGCUAUGUAUCAAAAGGACCGCCAGACAGAAGGAGAUCCUCUUCGACAUCGGAGGCGCCGCCGUCGUAGAACCUCAACAAGUCGAAAAUCCAAACACCGCCUUCGAUCACCGCCUUCUCUUCAUGCUCUCAUCAAGCAACAAUCGAAGAAAUUCCGAUGAAUUCCCCUGGUCGUCUAACUACCUCCAGGCUUGCUGCCUCUACCGCCGCUCCCUCGUCGCCGGCCGUGACAUAUACAUGUACAAGGGAGAGAGCGGUUUUUGUAGUGCAGAGUGCCGGAAGCAGCAGAUGAAUCAGGACGAGGCCAAGGAGAAACGUUCGAAGGUGUCGACGAAAGGACCACGACCAACUGCCAAAGUAUAG